ACACAGAUCUGCAGCGGAAUUUUCUCUUUCAACAGGCUAGUCUCUUUUUCAACUUCAAUUUCAAACUAGAUUUGUGCCUUACAAUUUCAUGCUCCAUUUACACUCGGUGCUUCCUUGAAUUUAUUUGUGGGUUGGUUCUUGAAAUCUUGAAAAGUUUUGAAGCAAUGGCGAACGUAGACUUCGAGGGGAUCUUGAAGGGGCAGGCAAGUGAUGAUAUUAGGGUUCCAAAGACGAAGAUCGUGUGCACCCUGGGGCCGGCUUCUAGAACGGUGCCGAUGCUGGAGAAGCUGCUUCGAGCUGGGAUGAACGUUGCUCGUUUCAACUUCUCACACGGCACCCAUGAAUACCACCAGGAAACGCUCGACAACCUCAAGAUUGCUAUGCACAACACUCAGAUCCUCGCUGCUGUCAUGCUCGACACCAAGGGCCCCGAGAUUCGAACCGGUUUCCUCAAGGAUGCAAAGCCAAUUCAACUCAAGGAAGGCCAGGAAAUAACUAUAACCACUGAUUACACCAUAAAAGGAGAUGAGGAGAUGAUCUCCAUGAGUUACAAAAAGCUUCCCAUCGACUUGAAACCCGGAAACACUAUUCUGUGUGCGGACGGUACCAUCACAUUUCACGUGUUGUCAUGUGACCCUGCUGCUGGAACUGUGAGAUGUCGGUGCGAGAACACGGCUAUGCUCGGUGAGAGGAAAAACGUCAACUUGCCUGGUGUGGUUGUGGAUCUUCCCACGCUUACGGAUAAGGACAAGGAAGACAUCCUCGAAUGGGGCGUUCCUAAUAACAUCGAUAUGAUUGCUCUGUCAUUCGUGCGCAAGGGAUCUGAUCUCGUUAAUGUCAGGAAGGUCCUCGGCCCUCAUUCCAAGCGUAUUCAGUUGAUGUCAAAGGUUGAGAACCAAGAGGGGGUUAUCAAUUUCGAUGAAAUCCUCCGCGAGACUGACUCGUUCAUGGUUGCUCGUGGCGAUCUCGGGAUGGAAAUCCCGGUCGAGAAGAUAUUCCUCGCGCAGAAGAUGAUGAUCUACAAGUGCAACCUUGCGGGCAAACCCGUCGUGACCGCCACGCAGAUGCUCGAGUCCAUGAUCAAGUCUCCGAGGCCGACCCGUGCCGAGGCGACCGACGUGGCCAACGCCGUCCUGGACGGCACUGACUGCGUGAUGCUCAGCGGGGAGAGCGCCGCGGGGGCCUACCCCGAGCUCGCUGUGAAGAUCAUGUCCCGGAUCUGCGUCGAAGCCGAGUCCUCUCUCGACUAUGGGGCGAUCUUCAAGGCGAUGAUCAAGUCGACCCCGCUGCCGAUGAGCCCGCUGGAGUCGCUCGCCUCGUCCGCCGUGCGCACGGCGAACAAGGCGAGGGCGAAGCUGAUCGUCGUGAUGACGCGCGGCGGGUCGACGGCGAAGCUGGUGGCGAAGUACCGGCCGGCGGUCCCGAUCCUGUCGGUGGUCGUCCCGCUUCUGACGACGGACUCGUUCGAUUGGUCGGUGAGCGACGAGUCCCCGGCGAGGCAGAGCCUGGUGUACCGAGGGCUGAUCCCCGUUCUUGCAGAAGGGUCGGCGAAAGCAACGGAUACCGAGUCGACCGAGGUCAUUCUUCAAGGGGCGCUGAAGUUUGCGACCGCGAGAGGGCUCUGCCAGCCCGGCGACGCCGUCGUCGCCCUCCACCGUAUCGGGGCGGCUUCGGUGAUCAAGAUUUGCUUGGUCAAGUAAUGAGAGGCGGUACCUCAAUUGAAGAAGACAUAUAAUAUAUGGGCUGCCAUUUUUAAUUUAAAUGCUUACUACUAUAUAAUAAUGCAGCCAGACAUAUCGAACUAGUUUUGUAAUAUUAAUAUUCAACUAUUUUCUUGUUUUCAUCUGUCUUGUCACUUGGAAUAUGGAAUUUAGUGUAGUUUUUAUGUUGUUGAUGAA